AAGGGUCGAGAUGCUGCAGUUGCUGCCUUCCGUGCUCCGUUGCACCCUCAGGACUCGCUCCUGGUGCGGGGCUGGGCUGCGGUGGAAACAUGCCUCCUCCCUGAAGGUCGCCAAUGAGCCCAUCCUGGCAUUUACCCAGGGGAGCCCUGAGAGAGAUGCACUGCAGAAGGCCUUAAAGGACCUGAAGGGCCAGACAGAAGCCAUCCCAUGCGUGGUAGGAGAUGAGGAAGUGUGGACCUCAGCUGUGCAGUACCAGGUCUCGCCCUUUAACCAUGGACACAAGGUGGCCAAGUUCUGCUACGCAGACAAGAACCUGCUCCACAAAGCCAUAGAGGCUGCGCUGGCCGCCCGGAAGGAAUGGGACCUGAAGCCAGUCGCAGACCGUGCCCAGAUCUUCCUCAAAGCGGCUGACAUGCUGAGUGGGCCGCGCAGGGCCGAGAUCCUUGCCAAGACCAUGGUGGGCCAGGGUAAGACGGUGAUCCAGGCAGAGAUCGAUGCUGCGGCUGAACUCAUCGACUUCUUUAGGUUCAACGCCAUGUUCGCCAUGGAACUGGAGGGGGCGCAGCCCAUCAGCGUGCCCCCCAGCACCAACAGCGUGGUGUACCGGGGGCUGGAGGGUUUCGUGGCCGCCAUCUCCCCCUUUAACUUCACUGCCAUCGGUGGGAACCUGGCAGGGGCGCCAGCCUUGAUGGGCAAUGUCGUCCUGUGGAAACCCAGUGACACCGCCAUGCUGGCCAGCUACGCCGUGUAUCGCAUCCUCAGGGAGGCUGGCCUGCCCCCCAACAUUAUCCAGUUUGUACCAGCUGAUGGACCCACCUUUGGGGACGUUAUCACCAGCUCCGAGCAUCUCUGUGGCAUCAACUUCACAGGCAGCGUGCCCACCUUCAAGCACCUGUGGAGGCAGGUGGCCCAGAAUCUGGACCGAUUCCGAACUUUCCCGCGUCUGGCCGGAGAGUGUGGCGGGAAGAACUUCCAUUUUGUGCACACCUCGGCCGACGUGGACAGCGUGGUGAGCGGGACGCUGCGCUCAGCCUUCGAGUACGGUGGCCAGAAGUGCUCGGCCUGCUCCCGCCUCUACGUGCCCAGCUCGCUGUGGCCCCAGAUCAAAGGGCGGCUGCUGGAGGAGCACAGCAGGAUCAAAGUGGGCGACCCUGCAGAGGAUUUUGGAACUUUCUUCUCCGCAGUGAUCGAUGCCAAGUCAUUCGGACGCAUCAAGAAGUGGCUGGAACAUGCCCGCUCCUCACCCAGCCUCAGCAUCCUGGCCGGGGGCAAGUGCGAUGACUCUGUGGGCUACUUUGUGGAGCCGUGCAUCGUCGAGAGCAAGGACCCUCAGGAGCCCAUCAUGAAGGAGGAAAUCUUUGGGCCAGUGCUGACCGUGUAUGUCUACCCAGACGAGAAGUACAAGGAAACCCUGCAGCUGGUUGACAGCACCACCAGCUAUGGCCUCACGGGGGCAGUGUUUGCCCAGGAUAAGACUAUCAUCCAGGAGGCCACAAAGAUGCUGAGGCAUGCCGCCGGGAACUUCUACAUUAACGACAAGUCCACUGGCUCAGUGGUGGGCCAGCAGCCCUUUGGGGGUGCCCGAGCUUCUGGUGAGGGAAAGAGCCUCCUAGAAACCAACGACAAGCCAGGGGGACCCCCCCUCUAUGUCCUGCGGUGGACGUCACCCCAGGUCAUCAAGGAGACCCACCAGCCUCUGGGAGACUGGCGCUACUCCUACAUGCAGUGAUGGCUGUCUGGACAUCGUGGU